GCUUUGAAAUCAUUUCGGAUUCCUAAGCUGGUAUUUCUCGAUGGGUCGAUGCAUAUCCCGUCCCUCACCUCACGUCCAUAGGUCUAGUCUCACUAGGUAGGUAGGUAGGUUGGUAGGUAGGUAGGUAGGUGGGUACGGUAAGUAUCUACCUCCCGCAAUGGGACUAUUGACGACACCAGUCACAUCCCCACCGAGCAAGCAAUAAUCGCAGAGCAUACCUACCUACCUACAUACAUACUGCGCUGGUAGCCUGGUACAGAGCUGAACUACUUAAGCACAGUGCAUACCAGAAUGGGAAAUAGGUAAUGGGCCCGUACCGUAAUCAUGGGUCAUCCUGACUGAGAAUGAUAAGAAGCAUGGACCCAAGGGCCCCCCCAACGAAUGCCAAUGCUGCUAGCCAAGCUGAUAGACUGCGCACGGGGAGUGCUCAGCCCGGUCCGACCGGUCGCGGGGGCAAGCAGGCUGGAGAGAGCAGAGCAGAGCAGAGCAGAGCACCUUGGGAGCGACGCGAAUACGCCGGGCGCGGAGUUAACUGGUUCGCUGGUUCGCUGUCUCCGUCCGUACCUCCGUUUUCCCACUCUCGCAUUCUUUUCCGUAUAUGGAGGACAACAUACCUCUUCUCCUUUCUACUCUAUGUACGGAGUACUACUGGGAGGGAGUAAAAUUAUUGUCUCGAACCUCGCAAGCCCACGUAAUCCGGACUAGGCAGACAGACAGACAGACAGACAGACAGACAGACAGACAGGCUGC